GUGAAAUAACACGAAUGUCAUUGGUCUGUUUCACAUGUCUCCUGAUGAACCCGGUGUAAAUGUUCUAUAAUCUGACUAAAUACAUCGGUCACGCGCGCUAGGUUCGUUUUCGUAUCUGUUUUAUUUCGCUUUUGUUUGUUUAUUUAUGUUGUUAUAUCCUUGGACUCUUCGUUUGUACCGUUGAACUCUUACCAAAAGGAAGAAAAGGCUCGUUUUAUUGGCUAGCAUAAUACCGUGGUAACAGACUGUAACAAGAGCUAGAGUCCACCCUGUUUUCUACUCAAACGUAAGAAUGGAAAUAAAUGAACAUUCGGGCAGCGGAUCUGUUAACGCCAACAGUAAUGAGAACAACGGAGAAACUGCUGACGGGGGAACAAAAUAUUACACGUUAGAGGAGGUCCGAAUGCAUAAUAUGUGCAACGACACGUGGCUAAUCAUCCAUAAUAAGAUAUACGACAUUACAAGUUUCCUAGAGGAGCAUCCAGGAGGCGAGGAGGUUUUGCUGGAGCAGGGAGGGUCAGAUGCCACAGAGAGCUUUGAAGAUGUCGGUCAUUCUACGGAUGCCCGGGAGAUGCUGCAGCAGUACUAUGUUGGAGAACUUCACAUGGCUGACAGGAAGGAGAAUAACACAAAGGUAGCAGAGGCUAAAGAUUCUGGAGAAUCCAGCAGUUCCUGGGCCAUGUGGUUGAUACCCACAGUAGCUGCAGCUGCUGUUGGUGUCCUGUAUCGUUUCUUUAUGUCUGAACACAAGUCUUCUUGAGAACUUUAUCUCAAUGUUCUUAUCUGGAGGCCUUGCUUUUUCCUUUUUUGACCAAACCCAUCUCAUGCUGAAAAAAAAAACAAAAACACACAAUUAACUGUUUGCAUCUUCUGCUACAAGAAGAGAGGAGGUUCCACUUCAUAAAUAUCUGUCCUUGUUUUGCUACAUAGUGUGCAUGAAACACAAAGUCAAAAGGAUUUAUUAAAAUAUAUGCCUUAUGCUUUUUAUGUAAUUAUGGUGUUUUUCAUAAAUAAAUUAAAAUGUGGUUCAAAAGCUACACUUUGAAAUUUAUACCAACUAAUUUAGUACUUAAGCGAAAUAAUUUUUCACGUUCACAGGAAGAGACAACAUGACCAGCAUUACAGUGUGAAGAUAGACAGCUUGACACAAAGCAAAUUAACCUUCAUUUUAUUCUGGAUAACUACUAUAUUUACCCAUUCAGUGACAAAUGUUUAAGAAUUUAAUUGAGAAGGAUGUAAUGUUUCCUAAAUGUACAGUUAUGCUGUCUAAGCCAUGUCUGAGCAUGUCACUUUUCUUGCAAAUACAAUCUGUCCAAAAUAUAUAUAUGUCAGGUGUUACAUUUUGUUUGUUGCUUUUUUUAAUCAUGGUGAAGUGUACUAUGUGAUUAUUUAAGAUAGGAUGCGCUUUCCCUACUCUUAUUAUAUAAAAUAAUUAAGUAAUAUUGUUUUAGUUCCCUUAUGUAUUGAAUAUUAGUAAAUACCUGAGAUGACUCCCUUGAAAAAAAAAUGCUAUUUGAGUUCAUCCAGCACUGUGCUGUUUAGCUGAGUGUUUUUUUUUAUUAUUUCUUUAUCAUUCAAUCUAUUUUCUGGGAUAUAGAUAAAAAUUUAGUAAAGAUAAAAUAGUUCACUGUUAAGUUUAGCUUGUUUUAAGUAUUGUUAGAAAACUGAGGAACUUGCUCCUAACAUUUGAACCAUAAAUGCGGGUCUUGCAGCCUACAGCUGUUUACCAUAGAUCAUCAUAAUCAUCUGUUUUCAAAUCAUACGUUCUGCAGAGGAGUUAGUUCAAGAUGUCUUGAAUUUUUUUCUUUAUUCACAAAAAGUUCUUUAAAGAUUGUGGUACUACAUUUUAGCCUUUCAUUAAAUGUCAAUAGUAACAUUUAUCCUCAAUUCAUACUUGAAGAUAUCCAAUGAACAUUUGCUAAGAUAAGGAGUACAUUUGUGUCAUUUUGCGUUCUUUGUCAUUACUGAACAUCUGUUUGAACUGAGUAGAAACUUAAUUAUCACAUUCAAAUUUGUAAACGAACUAAUGUAUGUAGAAAUGGUAUUAUGUAAUUAAAGACAUUUUCAAAAAAGG